AUUUUUGUAAUAAAUUUUUAAUUCUUCAACAGAAAAAUAUUAAAAAUGUCUCUCCGUGCUCCCUCUCCUCCCUCAACGGGAUACAGUAUCAUUGAUAUUCGUAGUUCUCUCAAAGAUGAUAUCAAGACUGAUGGUCGUCCUCCUUCUCCUCCAACAUCUGCUGAUGUUUCUGAGGAUGCUUUCAAUGGUUCUGAUUUGGUUGACACUAUUUUGGAGUCUCUUGAUAAAUCCACAGGUCACAAAUCAAUUCCAACCUACAUCCUUUACGAUAAGAAAGGUCUCCAGCUCUUUGAUCAAAUCACUCAGCUUAGUGAUGAAUAUUACUUAACAGGUGCAGAACUUGAUAUUUUGAUGCGAAAAUCAGACGAUCUUAUAAAUCGCUUACAAAACGGUAGCGUCAUAUUUGAAUUAGGUGCUGGUGCUCUUCGCAAGACACAGGUUAUCCUUCGAGCUAUUGAAAAAAGAAAGAUACGCGUGUCAUAUUAUGCAUUGGAUCUUGAUCAACAUGAAUUAGACAAAUCGUUGGCCUCUCUUGGUGAAUUUCAGUAUGUACAAUUAUAUGGGCUUUUGGGUACGUAUGAUCAGGGCAUACCUUGGAUUAGCAAGCACUUUACUUCUUCCGACGUUCAGAAGAACUUUUUAUGGAUGGGAAGUUCUAUUGGCAAUCAAAAUCGGUUGGAAUCUGCCAUGUUUCUUCGUCGACUUCAGAGAAUGUGCAUGGAGCCAGGGGAUUUUUUUGUGAUCGGGUUUGAUAAACGAAACGCUGCCGAAAAAAUUGAGUUGGCAUAUGAUGAUUCCUAUGGUGUUACCCGUGAAUUUAUCAUGAAUGGAUUGGAUCAUGUGAACCGUAUCAUGGGGCAAGAAAACUUUGUUAAUAGAGCAGACUUUGCUUAUGAUUCCGUGUAUCAAGAAAAGCAAGGGCGUCAUCUUUCCCAUUACCGUGCGUUGAAGGAUACCACGGUCCAUUACAAAACGUCACAAAAGGAAUAUGAUAUCAAGAUUAAGAAGGACGAGCUUAUCCAUGUCGAGCACUCUUACAAAUACUCACUCGGUGAAAUACAAAGUAUUUUGUCAGCAGCUGACCUUAACAUGGUCGAUUAUUGGCUAGAUUCCAACGAUCAGUAUCGUCUUGUUUUAGCCGAAAGCCGACCCUUUAUCUUUGAUCGUAACAUUGAACAAGUUCGCAACACCAUCUUUCCAUCAAAGAAACUUUUUGAGUUAGAGCCCAUCAAUUGUUAUGAUUGUAAUGAAGGCCAGUUGACAACUUUGGAAAAUAUCGAGGUCGAAACAUUAGACCAUUCGUUAUUGAACACGAACAAGACAUGGCCUACCGAAAUCCUGCCUACGAUGCAUGAAUGGAGUGAACUUUGGAAAUCGUGGGACUUGGUGACACAACAUAUGUUAAAUCCCAACAUCAUGUUUGAGAAGCCUAUUUCUUUCCGUCAUCCUUUUAUAUUUUAUUUAGGCCAUAUCCCUGCUUUCCUUGAUAUACAGCUUUCACGUCAUCAGGUCGACAAGGAAUUAGGUGCUACGGACUUAACUGAACCCAAAUACUAUGCAGAUAUUUUCGAGCGCGGUAUUGAUCCCGAUAUGGAUGAUCCUACUCAGUGUAACCCUCAUUCUGUUGUACCUGCAAAUGAAAGUGAUUGGCCAUCUGUAGAAUCUAUCUUCACUUACCAAAGUAAUAUUCGUCAACGUCUUCAACGUCUCUUGGCCUAUUGGGAAGCAGAAGCCUUCAAGAGUCAGUCACCAUCCUGGGUAGAUGCUAAACCUUCGCGAAGACGUCAAAUGCGCAUUGUCUGGAUGUGUUUUGAACACGAGGCGAUGCAUCUUGAAACUUUACUUUAUAUGCUUGUUCAAAGCCCUAAUGUCUUACCUCCUCAGGGUGUUGCCCUGCCAUCCUGGAAACUUGCUAGUCAAGAAUCAAAGAAAGCUGAGCUUUCUCAACUACCUGAGGCUCCCACACUCAAGAUACAACAAGCAACUGUUACAUUAGGCCACAAUGAUAGCGAAUCUGCGGACUUAUUAAGCGAGAAGGGCGCUUUGAAAGGGUUCGGUUGGGAUAAUGAACAUCCCGAACGUCAAGUAGAAGUCGCAGAUUUUGAAAUACAAAUAAGGCCAGUAACUAAUGGUGAGUAUUAUGCCUAUCUUGAAGCAACUCACAGUAAGGCUAUACCAUCCUCUUGGAUUGUGAAAGAUGGUAAAACUUUUGUUCGUACAGUCUUUGGUCCGUGUCCUCUUCCUUAUGCUCAAAACUGGCCGGUUCAAACAUCGUAUAGAGAAGCCAAGGGAUAUGCUGAUUUCAAGGGCCGUCGACUUCCUUCGGAGGCCGAGCUAGUUUUGUUCCGUGAUUUCACUUCAGCUGGAAAAGUCAAGGAAACCAUGAAUAAGUGGACUAACAUUGGGUUUGAGAACUGGAGCCCUACUGAUGUUAGUAAUGAUCAAAUUCAUAACUUGGGUGAUGUUUGGGAAUGGACAGAGACAGUUUGGGAAAGCCAUACAGGGUUUGAGGCCUCCAAUAUUUAUCCUGGAUACUCUGCCGAUUUCUUUGACGGAAAACACCAUGUUAUAUCUGGUGGAAGUUGGGCCACUCACCCACGUAUUGCUGAACGCAGAUCCUUUAGAAACUGGUAUCAAUGUGGAUACCCUUAUGCAUUUAGUGGCUUCAGACUUUGUCAUUAUUAAUGACACAUAUCAUUUUUAACAAAUUUGUUUAUUGUAUAAAUCAUUUUAACGUUAACACCGUAAUGUCGCCAUGCAUAUUUAAAUAAACAAUAAAUUAUCCCUAAUUGGC